AUGAAGUCUAAGACCAACUGGGCCCAGAACCCAAGUUGUAGCAUAAUGGUAUUUCGUCCAACCAAAGAAGAGUUUAAUGAUUUCAAUAAAUACAUUGCUUAUAUGGAAUCCCAAGGUGCACACCGAGCAGGCCUGGCUAAGAUAAUUCCACCGAAGGACUGGAAAGCCAGAGAGACCUAUGAUGACAUCGAUGACAUCUUAAUAGCCGCUCCCCUCCAGCAGGUGAUUUCUGGGCAGGCAGGUGUGUUUACUCAGCACCACAAAAAGAAGAAAGCCAUGACUGUGAGCGAGUAUCGUCGCUUAGCAAACAGUGAAAAACACCAGGCUCCAUUCUACUCUGAUUUUGAGGACCUGGAGCGACAAUAUUGGAAAACACGCCCCUAUGGUUCACCAGUAUACGGUGCAGACAUCAGUGGCUCCUUAUUCGAUGAAAACACGAAGCAGUGGAACCUUGGACACCUGGGAACCAUUCAGGACCUGCUGGAACAGGAGUGCGGAGUGGUCAUCGAGGGCGUCAACACCCCCUACCUCUACUUCGGCAUGUGGAAGACCACCUUCGCCUGGCACACGGAGGACAUGGACCUUUACAGCAUCAACUACCUGCACUUCGGGGAGCCCAAGACUUGGUACGCGGUGCCCCCGGAGCACGGCCGGCGCCUGGAACGCCUGGCCACGGAGCUUUUCCCGGGCAGCUCGCGGGGCUGUGAGGCCUUCCUGCGGCACAAGGUGGCUCUCAUCUCGCCCACGGUCCUCAAGGACAACGGCAUCCCCUUCGGUCGGGUCACUCAGGAGGCUGGAGAGUUCAUAGUGACGUUUCCCUAUGGCUACCACUCUGGCUUCAACCACGGUUUCAACUGCGCGGAAGCCAUCAAUUUCGCCUCCCCGCGCUGGAUCGAUUAUGGCAAAGUGGCGUCGCAGUGCAGCUGCGGGGAGGCCCGGGUCGCCUUCUCCAUGGACGCCUUCGUGCGCAUCCUGCAACCGGAGCGCUACGAGCUGUGGAAACGCGGGCAGGACCGGACCGUGGUGGACCACACGCAGCCCACGGAGCCCAGCAGCCAGUUCCUGAACGCCUGGAGGGAGGUCCGCGCGCCUGUGGGACCCGCGCUCCGCCGGAGGCACUGUCCAACCCGCAGCGCCUUGCACCGCCGUCCGCCCAUGGCCGCCUGCCAGGGGACCCGCUGUCGAGCCCCUGUGGAUCCUGCGUCCCCGCCCCUCUCGCCGGCCCCGGGUUCUUGCUCUGCUACCCAGUUCGGGGCUGCGGCUGCCUACAGCUCCGCGGAGCCCGGCCUGACUCCGCCGCUGACCGCAGGUCCAUCUGCUGCGGAUCUCAACCUACCUGGCCCAUACGGCCCUCAUCGUCGUCCUCGGGAAGAGGGGACUCAGGAUCCGACUGUCCGGGCCCGGACUAAGAGGCGCCUCUCAGACACAGUGCACCCAUCUGUGGACUUCGAAGCUCAGCUCCCGUUUGCUGGCGAUCCCUUGAUGGACAACCCUGCAUUGCUGAGACCAUGGCUGCAGCAUCCUUCUAAGCCUUCCGGGUGCUGUUGGGCCCCUGAUCUUCAACCCUUGGGUCCUCCAUUGGAUCCCGAAAAUCCGAUGCACCCUGACCCCUGCCUGCCAUCUCUGGAGGGUAUUACAUCCAGUGUCCUUGACAGUCUCCCUUUGAUUCCUCCCUACGUCCCUGGGACUGUGAGAGUGUUUCCCAGGGACGAUGCUGGGAGUUGCAGGGCCCCCGUGAGCUCCUGUGAGGGUUUAAGUGUGGCCCACGCUUAUGCCUCUAAGAGUCUGGUCCCAGCCGCAGAGACCAGUCUCCCGCACACCCUUGACUGUGAUCCCGUGUGGCCAAAGCUGGAGGCACCUGCAUCUCUUGAGUCCUGCGAGGAAUUCCUCACCAAUGCGUGGUAUUCAAUCUGUGAGCCCAUGACUGCUGAAGAAUUUGCUAAAUGUGACUUUAUCUGA